GCUAACCAUCCAUACCAUAUCGACAUCAUCUUCCUCCGGCCGACUUCAGAGCCGAAAGAGGCCACCCUCUUGUGUGACUAUACCCACUGAGGCUCCCCUGGGUCCUUGAGCCAUGGCAUUCCGUGACCCUGCUGCGACACUGAGGCACCUACAGCCCUAGUGUAUACCGACCGGACAAGAACACCGCAUACAGGGGGUCUGGACACGCUCAGCCCUGAUACGAGACUGAACGGGUCGCCAGCUUGCAGGGAAAGAUGACACAGAGCUCUGGCUCCUCGGCUACGCGCUCUCCCUCGCUCAGGUACGAGUAUGAGUACGAAGCUGAACAAGGGGAGAGGGGUAAAGCUGGUCCCUCACGUCCGACCCCUGCCCAUCUCCCUCCCUUGCGGCUUGAUGGCCCGUCGGAUCAAUGGCGCCCGCAACUCUCGCAAAACCCGCUGAUGGACGAUGCCUUGCGGUCACUACCAUCGGCCGCUGAGAGAGAAGCUCGGAGGCGAGAACAAUCUCAUCCUACUAGCACGUGGACACCGGCUCAAGAAUCGCCUCGCUUUCGCCCCCGCUCGCCCGAAUACUAUCAUCGGGACGAUACGAUAACAUUGAGAAGGCCGAGCUCUUCUUAUCAUGAAGGACAGGGACAAGGCCGAAGGGGAUCCGCCGCAUCCUCGCAGCAGGCCAAGGCUGGCUUCGCAACACUAGGGUGGAUUACCUCGAGGGUUCGCUCAAGACAGGAUGGCAAGUCGUCUGCUCCGUCUGACGCCAAGCAAAUAGCACAUAGCAGGUCAUCGGCGGGAACCAAACAAAAGCGAAAGGGCAUUCUGAGGAAGAGAGAGGCCGAUAAAGAAGCAGAAGAGUCUGAGAUUGUCGUCAUCUCCCAGCCUGCUGAAGGCGCAGAGGCUGCCCAUCUCUCGGAAGCUGAUCGUUUGGGCGUCCCUCCUCUCGAUGAUCCCAUCGUACCUCCAGCGCCCAACGAGACGACUGCAGAAGCCCUCGCACAGGCUGCUCUUCGAAAAGGAAGGGGAAAGACGAGGAGACUGCAGUUCGCACCAGAACAGAAGCGCGUUCGUAAGAAGGAUCUGCCGACAGAUUUCCAGGAUGGCGAUCUCUACCGAGGUCUUGAUGACUUCAUCUCUGCGACGAGGGUGAGGAGAAGGGCGCAGAGGCGGGCAAGUCAUGGCGGUAAGAGCAGCCGAGGCAGUCGAGCGAGCAGAGGCAGCAGUCGGAGCAGAGGGUCUGCAGCUAGUACCUCUGCCCUGAGUUCAGACUCUAGCAGCUCGUCCAGCAGCUCCUCUGACUCUACCAAUUCAGGGCGCGGUCUAACCCUCAGUCGACUUCGAGCCUUCUUUGGUGACUCUGGCUCUUCUUCCAGUAGCUCCUCAUCUAGUUCUUCCAGCUCGAGCGAUAGCCGUAGCGAUGACGGCCGCUCUGAGGGUCAAGGCUCUCGUAGUAGCUCAGAAGGACCCUUCCGCGGCGCCUUCAAUCUCUCGCGCUUCUCAAAGACAAAAACGACUCGAUCAAAUGCCCACCACUCUCAAGCAUCCGAAAGGUCGCACUCGCCAGAUUCGUCCCGAGCAGACUCGGCCAUGCCUGGCACGCCUCGCAGCCCUUGGACGGUCAGGAAUUCUGCGUACCCACCAACGCCUCGUACUGCGCCCCGAACACCGAGAGCGCCAUUCACAAUCGCGGGAGGUGCUGAUAGAGCGAGAUUGAGGAGACAGGCAAAGAAGGCGAAGCAGCACCAGCAACGUAUGGAGAAAGAAUCUCUAAUUCCCACACGGCCAAGCCGUAAGGCGAGACUGAAAGCUAGAGAGUUGCGCGAGAAGGCUGGUGGCAUUACAGAGUAUACCUUGUUCACCGCGGCCUCCCUGCCGGUACGGAGUGGCAUCAGCCCAACAGAGCCGGUGGUGUCAGCAGCGGACAUGGUCAAAGGGAGCCAACCCGUCGGGGAAGGCUCUAGUCGAGAACCUCGAGACAAGGUCUUGCAGACGAAGGACUGGAUCCAAGUCAAGGAUCGACUGAGAGACUAUCGGCAUCAGUUGCGACAGAGGGACGCGGCAGGCGGCGAUUUAGGCAUGGGAGCAGCCGACGUUGAUGCUGCAGAAGAGGCGAAUAUGGCGUCGAGGCACUACCGCCGCCGUAGACGGAACACACGCUAUGAUGAGGCAUCGGGCACUUCGCUCUCAAGACAUGCAAGCGCCAAGCACGCCCGAUUUGCAGAUACGAACGCGAUGGAUGGUGAUGACGAGAUGGAUCUCGACUUCGAGGACGGAGAUCUUGCUCUGCCUCCACCAGCACUAGAUCUGCCAGAUGCGCUCUUUGAUGUCCCUGCAGAGCCUCAGCCCAGCGCUUUGUCACCUGAGCCUCCGCGUGAUCACUCCCUGGCGCCGCCGAUCCAGAAUGAGCGCAGGAAGCUCGCAAGUCAGGAUCCUGAUCAGACAUACGAAAGCGAGAGGAAUACCGGCUGGCACAUGUCGGACAUGCCCCUAACACCGAGGCCGUUCGCUGCGGCUGCGUCCAAGGAGGCAUUGGCCCGAACUCCAAUUACUUCUGGCCGUACGUCUCCUGCCGGUCGAAGGCGGUCAAGGAGCAGAGUCGUCCAAUCGAGUGGCGCUCCUCCCGAGUUGCCAGGCCCAGGCGCCGGAGGCGUCUCCAUGACUCCCUCUCCGGGCCAAGCAUGGUGGCUCGACGUCUCGUGUCCCACUUUUGCGGACAUGGUAGAGAUCUCCAAGCUCUUCCCUCUACAUCCUCUCACUGUUGAAGAUAUUUUGCAGCAGGAACCGCGAGAGAAGAUUGAAGUCUUUGCCAAGCUUGGCUACUACUUUGGCGUGAUUCGUACAAUCGAUGAACGUUACUUCAAGUAUUCAUCCUCGUCGCAAGCGAGCGGCUCCUCCAAAGCCGUGGACAAGACUGGCAGACAAGAGAGUGAUGCAACGGCUUCUCCGAUCCUCAAUGAGAAGGCUUCCAAGCUCACAAACGAGAGUGCAGGCUCUCCGGGAACAUUGAGAGGUCGAGCAGCGAAAAAGUCGGAAGGCCACGGCGACUCAUUUGAGAUGUCAGACCUUAGCGGGAAGUCAUCGCCGUCCUUAUCUGGCGGAAGGGAGACCUCUCCGCAGACUGCCAAAGGUCGAGUCGAUCUUAUCGAAGGCGCAGGAGGAAAGGAAGGACUGGAAGGACUGAGCGUUGGAGCUUGCAAUCUCUACCUGGUCGUCUUCUCGCAUGGCAUCCUCACCUUCCACACGGAAGACGUCAGCAAACACAUCGAUCGCGUUCGGCGCAGGAUCCUGGAUCCCACGCAGCACAGCGACCUCACCUCAGAUUGGAUCUUCCACGGACUCCUCGAUUCCAUCGUCGACGCCUUCUUUCCUCUGGUCGACUUUGUCGAGGCAGAAGUUGGCGAGAUUGAAAGGGAAACGAGCGAGGAGAAGACGCCAUUCGAGCAGAUGUUACUCGCGGAGCAGGCCAAAGCCAAUGCUGGUAAUCGACCUGGGGGAAACGGUCGAGCGGGCUUGACUGGUAUUCGUGGCAAGAACGACAAUCCAGGCCCUUUCCCGUUGUCCGCAUUUGAGACGUCCCAUCGAGUGCAACGCCCUGUCUUCUGGCUCCUCCCGCAGGUCAUCAUCCCACCCUCUCUCACUCGGGUGGUCCCUUCAUUCUUGCAGACCUCAAGAUGGGUUACCAUCCUGGACGAUGGUAAGAUCGCCGGUAGACCGACGCGCUCCCAGAUUGGUCUACAUCUGAAGGAACAGAACAAGCGCGUCACGGCAGCAGAGGCGACUGCAAUGUUGCAGCGUAUCUCGGCCAAUCGUAAGAUCGUCAACGGACUCUCCCGGCUGCUGCUGCCGAAGAAUGACACGAUCCGUGGCCUGAGGAAGCGCUUGGGCGAGCUUAGACGGGACCACGAUGGGCCGUCCAGAGGAGGUGGCGGACGUAGUCCUGGCCUCAGCGCAUCGGCAGCUGCCGCUGAAGUGAGCGUACACAUGGGCGACGUAGGCGACCACAUUGUCACUCUCCUCGGUCUCCUCCACGCCGGCGAGUCACGCCUCUCGGAAACGUAUCAAAACUACCUCGUUGCUGUGCGCAUCAAUAGUCGACGUUCCAAGGCCAACACCGACAACACGCUCAUCAUCCUCGCCACGGUUACAAUUACUGCCCUGGCCUGUGCCUGCUACCUCUCGCUCUGGGGAACUAACAUUCAUGUGCCAAAUACCAAGGAGACGAGGACCCUGCACGUAUUUGCUGGCGUGCUGUCUGGACUCGCGUUGAUACCGCCUGCGAUUCAGGUUCACUUGUGGUGCGUCAAGAGGAGUGUAGACCGUAAGUGGAAGGCCAAGAGGCUAGCGAGAUGAAGAGGUGAAGAGGCGAGAGAGGACAGGGUGGAUGCGGAGCGCUAGCGUACAGUCCUCGAGUGGUCCUGUGUACCCAGUUGUGGAGUAUACCUUUACUACAGUAAUUUAUUAUAAAUCUUUCUGCUUGCC